UUCAGAUCUUGGAGUCCAGAUUAAGUAGCAUGUCUUCUCUCGGAACCAGACGUCCCGGAUAUCGCGACGAACCUAUUAUUCUUGACAGAUCUGCAGAUAUGGACGUCUUCUCUUUUUCUCAUGCGUGCAAUUCUAAUUGCCUACGUUAGUCGAGACUCGAACUUCCCAGUAUAGAUCAUCCUCUAGAAUAUUUUGUCGGUGAUAAUCUAGAGUCUUCGUAGGUAUAUAUCAUAAGAAUGGGACAAAUACGACCACGACCAAGAUGACGUCGAUACUCCGAACCCCCCAACGCGUUCCAACAUCCAGCGCUCGUCUUCGGCAGGUCGUCGUCAUAUCCGUCAUCUGUCUGGCUCUAUACUGCUUCCUUCUCGUGCCAGACCACAGCCUCGACUCGUCACGAUCAACCAUCGUCGACACCUUUCCCCAAUCCCAUCCUCACCAGUCCAACACCGAUACCAACCCAAAGUCAAGUCCGGCAUGGAUAUCAAAACACCCCCCCUCCCUCCUUAACAACCGACACCUUAGCACAUCCCAAUGCGCCAGCGCCUUCCCCGGCCUAACCCACGAGAUCUCCCUGCAAGUCUCCAAAGGACCCUUCACCCUUCCCCGACGGCCCCAUGACCUCGGGCCGCUCAUAGCCCGCAUCCGCAACAACCAGCUGUCCAUCCUAUCCUACGCGCGCAAAUCCGACCUCUCAGCCGAGAUGCUCCAGCACCGCUCCGCAACGCUCUACCAGCUCGCCACGGCGCUCCUAACCGCACCGGCAGACGAACCGCUGCCCGACACCAUCCUCGCCAUAAACCACGAAGACGACCCGAUCUCGCCCUCGCUCUCCUACUCGCGGCCCGCGGACCCUACCUACGACAGCAGCACAAAGCGAUACUUCGCCAUGCCGCACUUCAGCCAGUACUCCUGGCCCUCCCCCACAAUCCAUUCGCUCCCCCACGCCGCGCGCCUCAUAACCAGCAUCGAAUCCAGCCUCCCCUGGCCCUCCAAAUCCCCUCGCGCCCUCUGGCGCGGCACAACCUGGUUCAACCACCCGCGCGCGGGCCGGCAACGCCAAGCCCUCGUCUCCGCCUCGCGCGGUAAGCCGUGGGCCGACAUCGAGGCCCUGAACGCGAACGGCUCCAACGCGGUGCCGAUAUGGGAUUUCUGCCGGCACCGGUACAUCGUGCAUACCGAGGGGCUGACGUACUCGGGGCGCUUCCACUUCCACCAGCUGUGCGCGUCCGUCGUGCUGAGCCCGCCGGUCGCGUGGAUGCAGCACCUCACGCACCUCGUCAAGCCCGUCUUCAGCGCCUCUCUGCCGGGCGUCGCGCGCGCGCGCCAGAAAACCUCGGAGGAGCCGGAACUGGAGCUGGCACAACAGUACCCCGCGCCCUGGGUUCAGUCCGCGUGGCCGCGCUCUUACGACCCGGAGCGCGAUGCGAACAUCUUGUUCGUGGCGCCGGACUGGUCGGACCUCGAGUCCACGAUCGAAUGGCUGGAGCGGCACCCGCGGAUCGCCGAGGGCAUCGCGCGGCGCCAGCGGGAGCUGUUCGACGGCGGGGGGUACUUCAGCGGCGCGGCCGAGACGUGUUACUGGCGGGCUCUGAUCCGGGGGUGGAGCGAGGUCGUGAGGGUCGACGAGAACGCGUUUGAUGAUUUGGAGGAGAUACCUUGGGAAGAGUUUAGCUUGAAGGAGAUUCAUAAGUAGGAUCCGGAUGGAGCUUUGAUGAAUCAAGGGGCGUGGAAUGUCACGAAAACGUCGUAGGGCUGAGACAUCGAAUCUAGAAGAUUACAAAAUUAGAACUUUU